CUGGAGAGGAGGCGGGAUCGGGCUUGUGCUCUGAUUCUCGCGUAGGAAUGCACCCUAUGUCUCCCAGCAGCUCCUGGACUUCCUAAAGAUGGACACCUGGAUGUGUGUGUACAUGAUAGUGGGACUUCAGCUGUCCGGGAGUGUCGCGUAUGACGGCUCUGGAUACUGGCCAUACACUGAUGAUGAAGAUGUGCGAUACACAGGUGUGCCUUGGUGUGCCCCAGUGAAAGUCAAACAUGGUCACGUCAGCUGCCAGAGUCCACGCGCAGAACGUUAUAGUAAUGUUCUGGGAACUCGGUGCAAGAUCCGUUGCAAGACGGGCUACGAGAUGCACGGCAGCAGCGAGAUCCUCUGUAUGGCCAGCAAACAGUGGUCAGGAAACUACGCUUGCAGAGAGGUCCGCUGUCCUAAACUGACCAUGCCAUCUAACGGAGGUUAUAAGUGUUCAGAUGGAUCGUACUUCAACUCCCGCUGCCAGUUUUUCUGCUCACCGGGAUACACGCUUCGAGGAGACCACAGCGCCACCUGCCAAAGCAGCAGAACAUGGAGCGGCGGCAACAGUGUGUGCGUGGAUGUGGAUCCCCCAGUUAUUAAGUGUCCUAACAUAAAGGAGAAGACCGCUGAACCAGGAAAACUCACCGCCAAAGUGACGUGGGACACACCAGAGGGCAAAGACACAGCAGACGGCAUCCUAACAGAUGUUAUACUGAAAGGAAAGCCGUCUGGCUCACAUUUCCCAGAAGGAAAUCAUAAAUUGUCAUACACUGUGUUUGACCGUGCUGAGAACAAGGCGACCUGCAGGUUCAAUGUCAGAGUGAGAGUGCGUCGCUGUACUCCUCUCUCUGUCCCUGACAAUGGCUGGAUGAAAUGUGACAGUGCGGGAGAUAAUUAUGGGGCCACGUGUGAAUUCCGCUGUCUGGGUGGCUACGAGCUGAAGGGCAGCGCUGCCAGAGUCUGCCAGUUUAACAUGGAAUGGUCUGGCCUGGAGACUUCCUGUACUCCCAUGAAUAUUAAUGUUGGUGUGCGGUCUGCUGCUGCAUUGCUGGACCAGUUCUACGAGAAACGCCGCAUUCUGAUCAUCUCUGCCCCUUCAGCUGCCAAUCACUACUACAGAUUCCAGAUGACUAAUUUACAGCAUGCCCAGUGUGGUCUGGACUUGAGACAUGUGACAGUGAUUGAGUUGGUGGGGGUUUAUCCAGCUCAGAUUGGCCGCAUCAGACACAGACUCAUCCCUCCAGGACUGGCUCUACAACUCAGGUUGCUGCUGCAGCUGUCUCAGAACUCAUUUACCAUGGUGCUCCUGGACAAACAGGGAGUGGAUAAGCAGCGCUACACUUUCCCCAUCACAGCAGCUGAGAUCUUUACCACCAUUGACACAUUUCCCCUCCGCACUGAGGAGGCCAUACUACAGAAAGAGGCUGGACAGAGCUGCUAGAUGUAUUUAUACAGUACACACAUUUACACGUCUGUUUCUACUGGUUGUAAAGCUACCAAACUACAAGAGAGAAUCUGGAUAGAGCUGCUACAUCUGAUCACAUAUUGAAAACACACACAUGCACACACAUCUCCAAAUAUGAGUCUCUGUUGUUUGUCUUUUUUAUGAUGCUUUAUUCUAUUUUAUUUGUCUGGUGCUUCUAUUUAUGUCAGAGUGGACAGUCUACUUUUCUUAAGAAAUACUAUCAAAGCAAUAUUAAUGCAAUAAAAGCCUGUUUGAUGAUUGACAUUUGAGAACAUGCGACUCAGCUUUCUUAAAAUGCCAGUCAUGUUUAUCUUGGUUCUCAAGUUUGUUAAAUAAAUAUGCUCAAAUUGAAUUGAGUACAACAGAGGUAUGAUAAAUAUGUUUUCGAUUUAUUAUGCAUGGAAUGACGUAUUAAAUGUCAGUGGUUAAAGAGAAGGCUAACAUUAUCUGUUAGCCUUUUUUUUCUCCUUGUGUAAUCCGUUCUGUUUAAAUCUUUUUUUCCCCGUUAUAUAUGUGUGUAUAUAUAUAUACUGCUAUAAAUUCAACCCAAAUCAGAUACAUUUUUUAUGGAUAAUUUUAUUCUUAGUUUUUCUUUG